AUGGCCUCCUCGGAUUCAUCUGAUACUGCAGGAAUAUCUACGCCUCCUGCCGGCGGCUCUCCAACCCUAAGCGCUUAUCUAUCGACAUACAACAGGCAGUACAAUGUUACACCUACUCCCGAGCGAGAGAUACCCCGGAUUGUGAACGAUUUGGGAAGUAUUGAUCUCGGCGGGAAUGGAGAUAUGGAUGACGUAGAUCCAGAUGACCCUUCGAACUCAUCUGCAUCUGGGCGAGUCCCGACGCAUGAUGGUUCAAGCGAAAACGCUCAUCGUUCGACCUACAACCGACAAUACAAUGUGACCCCGACGCCGGAGCGACAACUCCCUAGCAUUGAGUACAAUACUGAAAACCUAAACCUGUCGGACAGUGAAAGCGCUAGUGAAGCAGGUUCAAUCCACAAGUCGGUUUCAUCGGGAUCUGCGAGAAGCCAAACUUCUGGCGCUUCUACACUGAACGCCCAUCGAUCCACGUACAGCAGACAGUUCAAUGUUACACCCACGCCAGAACGACAAAUCGUAGACGAUCUUGAAAACCUUGAUCUCUCGGGUGACAGAAGUAUAAAUGAUGAAGCAGAACCAAAUCAGAAUUACCACGAUGACGACGAUCUAGAGUACAACCUUAGAACUGAAAGUCUCCCAGAUGUACCAAUAUAUGAUACAAGGCUACAAAAUGCGCUCCGAGACACCAAAGAACAGCUCCGUGAGUUGCACGAGGCGAUGGAGUUUGGUCCAGGGAUACUCAAUCAAGCGCCGAACCUAUCCAUCUUGGCCCAACAGACAAAUCAGCUUGCAGACUUUGCAUACCCGGAGACUCGGACAAUUGGGCUUGUGGGAGACUCGGGUGUCGGCAAAAGCAGUCUGAUUAACAGCCUACUUGACGAGCGUGGCGUCGCUAGAUCGAGCGGCGACGGAGGCGCAUGCACAAACAUCGUCACAGAAUACCGAUAUCCCCGCAGUCCUGAUGCACCAAGCUAUAGUUUUGAGGUCCAGUACAUGUCGUCUGAGGAGCUCAAAGUCCUGUUAGAAGACCUUGUGUCCAGCUAUCGAGCAUACAACACGGAGGCCUUUCGAGAGAUAAUCAACCAGGCUGAGCGAGACGCUGUGAAGGACAAAGCCGAGAGGGCAGCGUCGGCUCUUAACUCCCUCUUCGGAGAGCAUGCCAGGUAUUCCGAAGAGAACCUAUCGAGGGAAGGCCAAGACGCGGCGGCGCAAAUUGUCAGAGAUCUUGAAAGUAUGGUUGAAGAGGUUCAACAAGAUCGGCCCGGGGGUCCGACGGCGUCCACGUGGUCCGCUACGGCGAGUGAUGCUGAGGACUUGACUCGUCAACUCGACGUCUUCAUCAGAGUUAGAGGUCAAGAUGGAUUGCCUGUCCUUUGGCCUUUUGUCGGUAUCAUCAGGGUCUAUCUCCGAUCGUUGUUUCUUCGAUCUGGCGUUGUGCUAGCUGAUCUCCCUGGCCUCAGAGAUCUCAAUUACGCAAGAGUCCGCGCUACCGAUCGUUAUAUGCGGGACUGUCACGAAAUCUUCGCGGUUGCACGUAUCGACCGUGUGACUACAGAUGUCGGACUACGGGACAUCGUCAAUCGAUGCGGUGACCAGCGUCCACUUCGAAUCGUCUGUACUCGUUCUGAGGAUGUAAAUGGAAGUGAGACUAUAGCUUCACAACCUGCUAGUGCUCCUCGGAUCAAAGCUCUUAAAUUGAGAAUAGAUCAUCUUAAGCGUACCUUGAAUAGGCUUAGACGAGAUCGAAGACAGCGAACCGGGAAUGCUGAAGAGAUACUGACUGUUGGGGACGAGUUGGACCUAGCGAGAUUCAGACUACAAGAGUUUUUAGUCCAGGGACGCAACGAUAGAGUGCGAGCAUCGCUACACGAGACGUAUUCUGAUCGAGUGUUCGAAAGAGACCUCCGGAUCUUUUGCGUCAGCAACGUCGAGUACUCCGAGUAUCGCAACGAAGACGUCACCUUGGGCGGACCACACGUAAACUUGAGCGGAAUCCCAGAACUGCGGCAAUAUUGCCAGUUGAUCCCUGCCGCAGCCCAAUUCGGAGCCGUGGCCGCCUUUCUCGAGCAUCAGGUCCCCAGCCUCUUGGGGUCCAUCCGACAGUGGCUGCUGCAAGGAACUGAUGGACUGACGGCGGAACGUGCUGAUGCCUUGCGAGCUGCACUCGAUAGCUCAAGAGAUCGAUUAUCUGGGUGGAACGCUGUCGUCGAUGCCCUUAAGCGGAAUCUCAAAAGCGAUUUCCGUGCUUCUAUCGUCAACUCGUUUGAUCAGGAUUCGGCGAAUUGGUCCUCCGCGGCUAGAAACGUGAGCGGGCAAUGGAUGGGGUGGCAUUGGGCGUCUUUUGCUGCUUUCUGCCGUAAUUACGGCGAUUAUCAGACCCCUGCCGCUGGUUAUCAUAAUUGGAACGAUGACAUUGUCUUAGCGAUGCGAGAGGAUCUCGAACCAGACUGGACCGACUUGAUACAACAAGCCUCUGAAAUGAUCGAUGCCACCUUCGAGCGCAUUAGCGAGAUGUUUGAACGGGAAGAGGAUGCUUUGAACAAUUGUCUCGAGCUCGCCCCAAACGCACUCGGCAAUCUAAUAGAGAACCUCGGCCCAAAGAGAGAUUGUAUCGAAGAUAUGCUCGAAACGGCAUCGGAAAACUUCGUUGAGCAGAUUGAACGGAUCCAAAGCAAUGCACUGAACGGAUAUCCAAGCUCUUACAUCACAGAUAAGAUGCGCUUGACCUACUUAGAUUGUCAGAGUGAAAGCGGCACCGGCAGCGACCGCCGCCGAAAGGAUCACAUGCGACAGAAGCUAUCCGGGACUACCCUGUUCUCCAAACUCAAAAGAACCGUCAAAGACGCCCAAUGGGAAGUGAUCGAUGAGGCCGUCGAGAACAUUAGAACCGGGCUGCAGAGGGAGUUUGACAGCCUCCUCCGGGACAUACAGAGUAUUGUCGGCGAAGAAGGUGAGGUUAGUGAAUCACAGAGACAUCCUGACACGGCGAGGAGAACGGGACUGCUAGUUGAGCAUUUAGCGCAGGACUUGGACGAUCGACAUCGGCUUAUUGAGGAACUCCGGGGGCAUCCUAGUUUGAGGUGA